AUGGACUCUCUCGAGUUGACAGUGCACCACCAAGGCACGCCCCAUACUUUCCAAAUCGCCGCAUCAGCAACUCUCCAAGACCUCUCGAACCAGAUCGAAACAACCUUGAACAUUUCAACCGCAAACCAGAAGCUCCUUAUUGCCCCCAAGCCCGGAAUGAAGAAACAUCCAUUCCCACCUGAGCCUCUGUCCACGCUGCUCCCCCUCUCCUCUCCGAAGUUCAAGAUCACUCUCCUCGGAACACCCGCCCAAGCCAUCGCAGACCUCCAAGAACAAUCCGCCACAAUCCAACGCCAGCAACAAGCCCGCGCCGCCGCCCGCGCCUCCCAGCGCCAGCGCGCCGUGAAACCAUCCUCCAGCCGCGGCGGCGUGCACACGCUCUCCUCCUCCAGCAACAACUACACCUUCCACCGCCUCCUCCCACUCUCCUACCUCCCCAACCCAGAGCGCUCGCUGCACUUCCUGGAGCGGCUCCGCGACGACCCCGGCAUCCGCACCGCCAUGGCCAAACACCAGUUCUCCGUCCCGCUGUUAACAGAGAUGAAUCCAGCAGAGCACACGACCAGCGAGUCACGCACGCUGGGCCUGAACCGGAAUAAGGGCGAAGUGAUCGAGCUGCGGCUCCGGACGGACGCAUAUGACGGGUACCGGGACUACAGGACUAUCCGGAAGACGCUGUGCCACGAGCUAGCGCACUGUGUGUUCGGGGACCACGAUCGCAAUUUCUGGGAUCUGACGAAGCAGAUUGAGCGGGAGGUGGAUGCCGGGGAUUGGAAGUCCGGGGGUCAUCGGGUGAGCGAGCAGGAAUUCUACAACCCGGGUGAUUGGGAGGCGCAGGGGGGAUGA